CCAUUUUCCGGGUUAAUAUUUAAUAACUACCUCAAACUAUAAAUAUGGACCAGUUGGUAAUUAUAAUAGCGGUGGUGCACUUGCUCUACUGUCCCUUCACCAAAGUCGAAGAGAGCUUUAAUCUGCAGGCCAUGCACGACCUUCUUUAUCACGGCUCGGAUUUAAACGAGUAUGAUCAUCAUGAGUUUCCUGGUGUUGUGCCAAGAACGUUUCUGGGACCAAUAGUAAUAUCAAGCAUUGCCUUGCCAGCUGUCGCUGCCGUUAAAUAUUGGGAUUUGAAUAAAUUUUUUUCACAAUACAUAGUGAGAGCUGCUUUGGGCUUGACGGUAGUCUUGACUUUCAGAUUAUACAAAAAUGCUUUGCAGACGAUAUUUGGUGCAAAAUUUACCAAAUGGUUCGUACUCAUUACAGUGACUCAAUAUCACUUUAUGUACUACUUGAGUCGACCUUUACCAAAUACCAUGGCUCUUCCGCUAGUUUUACUUGCUCUUCAUGGAUGGCUUAAACAAAAGCAUGUUUUAUUUAUAAUGUCAUCUGGAGCAGCAAUAAUUAUAUUUAGAGCUGAAACUGCUAUACUUUUAGGAUUAUUUUUAUUAUAUGACAUAGCUUACAUGAAACUAACUGUACAAAGAGCAGUAAGGAUUAUUAUACCAACAGGUAUAUUUCUCUUAGCUGUAACUAUUCUAAUUGAUUCCUACUUUUGGAAACGAAUUUUGUGGCCAGAGGGAGAAGUUUUCUACUUUAAUACCAUUCUCAAUAAAAGUAGUGAAUGGGGUACGUCUCCCUUUAUGUGGUACUUUUAUUCAGCUCUACCAAGAGGCAUGGCGCUCUCUUAUUUGCUAGUACCAUUAGGAAUGUUCUUAGAUUCCAGAGUACGAGUUUUGACGAUUCCUGGAAUCGUAUUUGUUGUUAUCUAUUCGUUUUUACCUCAUAAGGAGCUGAGGUUUAUCAUUUAUGUUUUUCCACUAUUGAAUGUCGGCGCAGCUGCAGCAAGUCAUCGCAUUUGGGAAAAUCGAAAUAAAUCACUUUUGAAUAAUUUGAUUGCUCUGAUGAUUGCGGGACACUUAAUUUUGAAUGCGUUAUUUUCUACGUUCUUACUGUGCCUAGCAGGCUUGAAUUAUCCUGGAGGUAUGGCAAUAGCAAGAUUGCAUAGACUUGAAAAAGAUUACAAUGGACCAGUCCAUGUUCACAUAGAUGUUCUGACAGCGCAGACGGGUGUUUCUAGGUUUACUCAAUCAAACCCUUCAUGGAUCUACUCCAAACAAGAAAAUUUAACUGUAUACGAUCCAGAAAUGCUGAAAUUCACCCAUUUGUUGAAGGAAGCCAGAAGUAAAUAUUCACCUAAUAUUAAAACAUACUUGAAAACUCAUUACAUUUUAGACUCCAUAGAUGCCUAUUCAAAUAUUGAAUUUAAUUAUAAUUUCGUAUUACCUCCAAUAAGAAUAAAAACAAAACCAGCAAUAUUUAUUCUCAAGAGGAAAGAAAAUAUUAAAUACAAACCAUCAAAAGUUAAAAAAGAGCAUGAAAUUGUUGACAAUACAAUGGAACAAAAUCAAAAUAUUAUUGAUAAUGAAUCAUCACCAAUUAAUAUUGACAACUCUGAUGAUUCACAAUCAACGUUGAAUGACGAAGUACAAAUAGGAGAAAAUGUGAUAGAGUCAUCUAACAAUGUAAUUGCGGAAAGUAAUGAACAAAUUGCAAAAGUCACGGAAAGCAGUGAUUCCAUAAUUUUGAAAGAACACCCAGAUAAUAAAAUUACUUCUACAGAUGAUCAAUAUACAAGUUUUACAACUACUUCAAAAUCAAUCAUUCAAGAACCGUUGAUGGAUAACGAAGGAAUGAAAAACCAGCCUAGUGACAAUAUUAAUUAUGUAAUCAAUAGUGGUACUAUUAAAUCAAAUGGAAAUGGGGAUAAUCAUAAAGUUAUAAAUAGUAACGAUGAAUUAAAGGCAGAUUUUUUAUCAAAAAAAGAAUUAGAUCAAGACUACACGAGAAAUAAUGAAAAAAAUAUGGAUCCAAAAGUUAAUAAUAAUGUCUCCAGUGAUAAUACGGGUAACCUUAUUCUUCAAACUACCGUAGCUGUUGAAAAUAAAAAAUCUAAUAUAAAAUAUGCAGUUAGAAAAAUGAUGCAAGAAAAGAAAAUUGAUGGCAAAGGAAAGAAAAAUGGAGAAUCUAAAAUAGAAACUGUAAAAAAUGAUGAUGUUAAUAUCAAAAAAGCUAAACCAUCAGAAACAAAUGAAUUAGAAUCGAAAGAUUUGAAUGGAAAACAAAAAAUUAUAAACAUUAAAGAAACAAUCAGAAAUAUUAUUGAUCAAUUUAAAAAAUUUGAAAGCAAUCUUGACCCAGAAGAUGCCAAUUUAAUAAAUGAUUUGUUUGAAGACAAAUCAAACGUUGAAAAAGAAAACUCAACACAUGACGAGGAGUCUAAAAAUUUAGAUAACAAAAAUUACAAAGAUCCUAAAGAAACAUCAGAAGAAGAUACUCGUUUUGAUGACAUUGCAAAUACAUACAUGGACAGACCCCUUCCUGAAACAUUGAUGCAUUUCAGCAAUGCAUUACAAGAACUGGUUCAAAAUAAAAAAAAUUUAGUCAAAGAAUCUUCAAGACAGUUAGAUGAGUGGAAGUUUAAAAAACUUGGCUUAGUUAAGAGAUCUACAAAGACUCUCGUACUGAAGAAUGCAAACAUCAUUAAUAUAGGAUUAAAAGUACUGUCAAUAUAA